UGAUCCCCGACGUCUGCUUCCUCGGCCGCACGAAUCUCUUCACGCUCUCGCGGAGAAAACGUUGUCAUUCAACUCCGGCCGCUUCCUUUUCCACCGGACCGAAGCGGCGAGGGACACGAGGCGUAGCAAACGGAAGGGGAAAUCGGAGUUAUCUUCGGAGAACCCGUCGGGGUGCGCGGCCGUCCGGUGGUUUCCGGGCUGGUCUGGAGGGUUUCAGAUGGAUGGCGAUGAAGCAAAAGAAUCAGCUCCGGAUUUUGCAUCCGUAGCAGUCAGUGCUAUGUGUCUUGAUGUCUCUUGUGAGCAUGAAUCAACACAGCCAGCAAGGAAGCAGCAGAAGAGGAAGAGGGCCUCCUCUGAAUUGGAUAUAGUGGAUAAAGAAUCUGCUUCUGCUGAAUGGCAACAAGAAAUUGAUGCAUUGUAUGAAUAUUACAAGGAGGUUUCUGGUCAUCAUCUGAAUCCAGAGGAGCUUGCGUGCUUGACAGGUGACUCGAAUAUAGCAUGCUUGCUGGAGGAGAGCAGUCUCCCUUGUGCAAAGUUAACAGAUAAAAUCUACAAGAGAAUGAAGUUGCAAGAUGGUGUCACAGAGUCUUCAGUGCGAAACUCGGUGCUCAACAUUGGUAGGAGAUCUUCGUAUGGGAUUUGUGCUAUGGAUGUUGAUGAGCUGGAGGAUGAGUCUGAUUCAUGCCUUUGGUGUUGGGAGACACUGGAUUUAGCAUUGUUACCCUCGCAUCUGCAUAGUAGUUUGAGCAUUCGACGGACAGCUCGAAAGCUAAUCCAUGAAAGGAUUCUGUCUCUUUCAGGCAAGCUGGCUGCCAAAGACGCUCCUAAUACUCAUACCAACCAGAACAGUUGUUCAGUAAAUGCUGUGGAAGUGCAAAAUCUGGAUGAGAUUUGCUCUUAUGUUGAGAAGUCAAAAGAGAAGACUGAUGCUGACAUAACUAAAAUGCAAAGCAAAACAAAAGCACAAGAGGAACAAGCUACCAGGAAAGCCGUGAAGGAACAGCAAAUGAUGGCGAGGCAGAUCGAAAAUGAGCAAAAGAAGAAAGAUAUGGAACUUAAGCAUAUGAAAGAAAAAGCUGAGAGGGAAGCAAAAAGUGUCGAGAGAGAAAAUAAGCGGCUAAAGAAGCAUCAGGAAGAAGUAGAGAGGGCAAAGAAGAGGAAAGAGAAGGAAGAGGCUGAGUUGAAAAGGAAGGCUUCCACUAAAAAGCAAGCAAACUUCAUGGAGGGUCUAUUUAUAAGAAAGCGGAAUAAUAACAUGGAAAGUUCUGGUAAUCAUUAUUUGGAGAAAACUAUAAAUUCAAAAUCAUCAGGAACUAUUGAAGAACUUCCUGUUGCAGCUACAUUAGCAAUGGACUGUACAUUGUCUCAAGCAAAUCAUUUGAGAGUGGGGGAAUUCUGGGUGGAACAUGUUUCUAGAUGGAGAAAACUCUCUCAACAUAACAGAUUGCACCAUUGGUGUGUUAGGAGAAGUCCUAAGGUUCAGUUGUUUCUUGAGCUAAAGCUACAGAAGUCCUCUGCAACUGCACCUUCUGAUAAUAUGCCAAUUCCAAUAAAAGAACAGUCAUCUCAGGAGAGCACAGGAAGCAUUGAUUUCAGCAAACUUCUUGAUGAACUGAAAAUAUCAUCUCAUGGGAAGAAUAUCCAUUCUAGAACUGUUCAGAAUAGCAUAUCAUCUUCAGCUUUUUUGGUCAAGAAGCUUUUGCAGUUUGAUAGAAGCUUUAGGCCAGCAUAUUACGGUACCUGGAGAAAGAAGAGUUCUACAGUUAGUGGAAGGCAACCCUUUCAGAGGGACCCAGAACUCAAUUACGAUGUUGAGAGUGAUGAAGAAUGGGAAGAGGAGGAUUCUGGUGAAAGACUAUCUGAUUUUGAGGAAGAUGAUGAGACUAUGAAUGAACGUGAUUACGUGAUUAAUGUGGAAGAGGAAACUGAGAACAGUUUUGUAGUGCCUGAUGGUGAUCUUUCAGGGGAUGAGGGAAUGCAAUAUGAGCCUGUAUCUGUCAAAUAUGAUGAAUCCUGCAGCAUGCUGAGCAACCCUGGGGUUACAGAUGAGCAGAGAUUUCUUCAUAGAGCCACAGAAGAUGCUCUCAAGAUAGACAUGCCUUUAGUCAUAUCCAACCUAGAUCAUAGGAAACUUGACCUGAAGAAAGCUGAAGGUAUCACUGCAGAGAAAGUCUGUUUGCAAGCUCUUUGUAUGAAGAAAUACCCCAGCGGCCCUAUCAUUGAUGUGCCUGUGGUUGCUAAAGUGACAAUAGAAGAUCAAGAAUUUCGCCAAUCAAACAAAAAGAGCCCUAGAACACCUGUACCAUCCAAAUCCAUUUCAGAGUCAGACAUGCCUGAAUUUGCCAAACUAGUUACAUCAUGCUCUCAUGGGAUGGGCAAAUUGGUGGACUUAUUACAUGAGAGAUUUCCAUGUGUCUCUAAGUUGCAACUGAAGAACAAAGUUCGGGAGAUAGCUGACUUUACCCAUAACCGCUGGCAGGUUAAGAAGGAUAUCUUGGAUAUGUACAGUGUAUGUCUUUCUCCAGAUAAAGUUGCAAGCCCGAAAUGUGCAGCGCCACACUCCUCCCAACACUGCCUGCCGCCCGAUGAGCCGGGCAAGUCAGGGGAAUCUUCUCCCUGUUCCGCCCUGAAAUCAGAAGUGAGCAAACAACAAAUCGGUGCCGAAGGGGUAUCCAAUAACUGAUAAUUGAGGUCCCUGCGCGCCACAUCUUGAUCCUUGAUAAUUGAGGUUCGGGCCGUAAGCAAGACUCGGUGUAGCACCGCGCAUGUAUAUUUGCUUGUUAGGUCAUACAAAGUAUAUCUAGAUAUGUAGGUUCAGUGUACAGAAUCUCCAUAUACUAGCAAGUAGGUGCUCUAACCUGUGUUGUGUUACUGAAGCAGUCUGGGAUUUCUCUCAGUAAUGGUUUGCUCUGUACCACACCCAUGUGAAUCCAAACUGGUUCCUGGUGUUUCACUCUCAAUAUAAUUUUUUUAAGAGGACAACUGGUUCCUGGU